CUUCAACCGUAAAAGAACGGCCGGUACACGUUCCGCAUAUUCCUCUUCACUCGCGUGAAUACCCUAUUAGGAUACAAAACCGGAAUUUGGAAACAGAAAUAUCCGCCAUCUCGCCAUAAUUCGAGCCUAGAGACGUCGAACAGCGCAAUGGCUCCCCGCGCGAGCUCUCCUGCGCUUUCAGAGAAUGAAUUCGACAUUACAAACGCACUGUUCGGAGGAGAUGACCAGAGCGAAAAGGGGCAGCUAGAUGCUGACCUUGGAGUGGACUUGGAUAUCGGAGGCGAAGACGGAUCUGACGAUGAGGCCUUUAUUGCGGCGCGGCAGGCAAUCUCGAAUCGCAAAGCCACCAAUGUAAAAGGAAAAUCCGUGAAGAAAGGAGGUGGAUUCCAGGCAAUGGGUUUGAACGCAGCGCUUCUUCGAGCUAUAACGCGCAAAGGUUUUACAGUCCCGACACCUAUCCAGCGCAAAACAAUUCCGUUGGUGCUUGAUGGUCAAGAUGUCGUUGGUAUGGCCAGGACGGGUUCAGGAAAGACCGCGGCAUUCGUUAUACCUAUGAUUGAGCGCCUCAAAACCCAUAGCCCGAAGGUUGGAGCUCGUGGUAUCAUUUUAUCUCCAUCUCGAGAGCUUGCUUUGCAGACUUUGAAAGUCAUAAAAGAACUUGGGAAAGGUACUGAUCUGAGGACGAUCCUGCUCGUUGGUGGUGAUUCUCUAGAAGAUCAAUUUAGUUCCAUGGUUUCAAAUCCGGAUAUUAUUGUGGCAACCCCGGGGCGCUUUCUUCACCUGAAAGUUGAAAUGAAAUUGACGCUGGAAUCCGUGAAAUACAUUGUAUUUGACGAAGCAGAUCGACUCUUUGAGAUGGGUUUUGCAGCUCAAUUGGCCGAGAUUCUAUAUGCGCUGCCAACUUCGAGACAGACUCUGCUUUUCUCUGCAACUCUUCCCAAGAGUCUGGUUGAAUUUGCCAGGGCUGGUCUCCAGGAACCUCAACUCGUGCGUCUUGACGCUGAAUCGAAAAUUUCCCCCGAUCUUCAGAAUACUUUCUUCAUGCUCAAAAAUGAUGAGAGGGAUGGUGCACUCCUGAACAUUCUUGAUAAGGUAAUCAAAAUGCCGUUGGGUGAAACCGAGCAAGCAAAGCGGGCGAAAGAUGUCGCCAAGUCGAACGCUAAGAAGAGGAAACGGGGCCCCGACAAUACCUCAAGCAAAGAAACACCCACAGAGUACUCUACGAUUAUCUUCGCAGCCACCAAACAUCGUGUUGAAUAUCUUUCUGCGAUGUUGGCUGCAGCAGGAUACUCUGUGUCUUACAUCUAUGGGUCUCUUGAUCAGACCGCACGAAAGAUCCAAGUUCAAAAUUUCCGUUCAGGUCUUAGCCAUGUCUUAGUAGUCACUGACGUUGCGGCGCGUGGUAUUGACUUGCCCCAGCUCCAAAACGUUAUCAAUUAUGAUUUCAGCUCGCAGCCAAAGAUCUUUGUCCAUCGAGUUGGUCGUACAGCACGCGCGGGUCGAAAAGGAUGGAGCUACAGUCUAAUACGGGAGACUGAUCUACCGUACUUGAUUGAUCUGCAGCUAUUUCUUAGUAGACGACUAGUCGUUGGGAGGACAGCAAGCAAAGAUGCGAACUUUGCCCAAGACAUAGUGGUGGGAAGCCUACUACGAGAUCAACUGGAGCCUACAGUGGAGCUGGCUAAUCGCCUUCUGAUCGAAGACCCAGAUCUUGAGGGUCUUCAAAGCGUAGCCAUCAAAGGCGAGAAACAGUACAUCAGAACACGAAACGCCGCAUCCACUGCUUCAGUCAAGCAAGCAAAACAAUUGCUGGGUACAACGACUCUAUAUGAGACUCAUCAACUCUUCGACGAUGAACAGGCCAACAAUGCAAAUCAGAAAGAGGAAAUGCUCGCAAGGAUUGCCUCAUUCAGGCCUGCUGCCGGCGAGACAGUGUUCGAGAUCGGAAAGCGUGGUACCGGCUCCGAAGUAGCUGAGAUUAUGCGUCGCAGAAGAGAGGAAAUCAAUCAUAAGAAGCAGAAUCAUCUAGAGGGCUCCUCCCCAAACACCGUAGACCCAGAGGUUGUUAAUCUCCCUGCCGACGAGACAGAUGACUCUGACGCAGACAUGAACGACAUUGACGAUGGCGCGUCAGAUUCCGAUGACCUGGAGGUCUCUAUUUCUCAGUCUGCACCACGGAACUCUGGAUCAGACCCGUGGCAAAGCUCCGAAUUCUACAUGGGUUAUACCCCCACGGAUGUAAAUGUCCAUGAAGAUCGUGGCUAUGGUGUCCAUUCCGGUUCCAAUACCAAUUUUGUUGAGGCUGCACGAGGUGCUACACUGGAUCUAACGAAUGACGAGGUCUCUAAGGGCUUUGGCCAAGCUGUCCGAGCCGGUAUGAGAUGGGACAAGAAGAACAAGAAAUACGUUGCUCGAGCCAACGACGAUGAUGGCUCAAAGGGUGCGAAAAUGAUCCGAGGAGAAAGCGGUGCGAAGAUCGCUGCGAGCUACCUGAGCGGACGUUAUGACGACUGGCGAAAGAAGAACAAAAUGGGCCGUUUACGAACUGGAGAGAAUGAGGCACAAGGCCUUCGGCCUCAGCACGGACGGGUCUACAAGCACAAGACUGAGAAAGCACCUAAAGAAGCAGAUAAGUAUCGCGACGAUUAUGAUGUGCAAAAGAAGCGCGUCCAGGAAGCAAAGGACAAGAGAAUUGGUAAAUUCAAGGAUGGCAAUGGGAAGAGUGAACUGAAGGGCGUCGACGAUGUUCGCAAACAACGAAAACAGAACGAGAAGCGCCGCGAAAAGAACGCCAGACCGUCCAAAAAGAGAAAGAGUUGAGGUUAAUAGUUAGCACAAAGACCACAAACGGAAGUGUGGCUUUUCAAAAUCGAAUGUCACAGAGCACAGCAUUCUGGA